ACAGGUGGAGCCGCCGUCCUCCUUAGAAGGAGAAGAAAGAUAGGUUUUCGAGGGCUAAUCGGAAACUCCUGCGCCAAGGCAACCGGAACCCGGACCCCGCCUGGGGAGCGCGCUAAGAAACAGGGGAGGCGAGCGCUGAGGGAAGGGAUGGAUGGUCGGGGUCACAGGCGGCCUCCGCGGGGAUGUCGGGGUCCUGCCUGAGCCGCGCAGAGGAUGCCCGCGGCGCGCCGCCGGCCGCCCCGACUCGGGCCUCCCGGGCGCAGCCGCCGGCCCCCUCGCACCCGCGCCCCAGGCCGCCACACAAAGGGGAUGGCGAGGCGCGCCGGCCGCCGGGAGGUGGAGGGGCGACAGGCCUGGGACGAGGUGGCCGAGCCGCGACGCCCGCCGCGCCCCCCGCCUUUGUCUGCCUCGCCCCGCGCCCUCCCCCUGCCAAGGAGCCCCACCGCCGCGGCGCCCUCACCCUGCUCGUUACCCGGCAAGGCACCCGAGCUGCAGACGCAGAGACGCAGAUCUUUGUGAAGACCCUCACGGGCAAGACCAUAACUCUUGAGGUCGAGCCAAGUGACACCAUUGAGAAUGUCAAAGCCAAAAUUCAAGACAAGGAGGUAUCCCACCUGACCAGCAGCAUCUGAUACUUGCCGGCAAACAGCUGGAGGAUGGUCGAACUCUCUCAGACUACAACAUCCGGAAAGAGUCCACCCUGCACCUGGUGCUG